UUUGUAUGGGCGCUCCCCGCUCCCCACAGGCGACCAACCGUUCUGAAUCUCCGCAGCCAACACGACGGGCCCCUUCCUCUGUUGCCCUUCCUCCAGCCCAUGUAGUGUCUUGAACCAAUAUACCUGCAUUCCCUACUUUUCCCUUGUUUCUUCAACCACUGUCACUGCAGCUGCAUGGCUGUCUCUAAUGAUGUCCCCGACGCGGACGAGACCUCCUUCCAGGUCUUCGCCCGCUCCUUCGCCAUGAUCAUCUUCUCAGAAAUAGGCGACAAGACCUUCCUCAUCGCCGCCAUCCUCGCCAUGCGCCACCCGCGCCUCGUCGUCUUCUCGGGCGCGUUCGCCUCCCUCGUCGUCAUGUCUUUCCUCUCCGCCGAGCUCGGGAACCUCCUCCCCACUCUUCUUCCGAAACGAUGGACACAGGUAGCGGCGGCGGUGCUCUUUUUCGUAUUCGGCGCGAAGAUGCUGCAAGAGGCGCGCUCAAUGCGGCCGGACAAGAUGGAGGAGGAGAUGAAGGAGGCGGAGGAGGAUAUCGAGGGCGACGAUGCGUUGGAAGACGGGACCGGGGUAGAGCUGGGGAACGGUCACGACGUCAUACCGCUGGAGGAGGUCGAGGAGGGAGGCCGGCCCGAGAUGCAUGCCCGGAAGCCAAGCGUUAGCUCGAACGGGAGCGCACGGACACGGAAAGCGAAGUCUACAGCGAAGGAGUACGCAGACGCGACGCGGAACUUCUGCAGCCUUUUCCUCGGACCCGUGUUCGUACAGGCGUUUGUCCUCACCUUCCUCGGCGAGUGGGGAGACCGGAGUCAGAUAUCCACCAUUGCACUUGCAGCUGCACAUAAUGUAUACCUUGUAACACUGGGUACCGUCAUCGGACAUUCAUGUUGUACCGCCCUCGCCGUCAUCGGCGGUCGCUACGUCUCCACGAAAAUCUCCGUUAAGCAUGUUACGCUCGCCGGCAGCGCACUCUUCCUCGGCUUUGGCCUCAUAUACCUUUACGAAGCAUUCGCCUCGAUAGAUACCGACAACGCAGACUUCAACCCCGCAAACUAGAUGAUCAUUGUUGCAUGCACAUACAGUACCCUGCAUAGUUUUGUAUAAUCUCAUCCCGGAGUGUCAUUCCCUUCAAC